AUGUUCGAGCGUUUUUCAAAGAUAAAGGAUGCUCUGAGCCUUUACAUGAAUGAUAAUGAAAUUGACCCUAUUCUACCAGAAGAAUGGAAAAUGAUUGAAAGUUUCAUUCAAUUACUGGGACCUUUUGAGGAAGCAACACGGGAACUGAGCAGCUCUUCUGCUCUUAUUUCAUCUGUGAUACCGAUAAUACAAAUGCUUGAAAAAAAAGUUGAUGACUAUUUAACAAGAUCGCAAGAGUUUGAUCCGAUUCGUCAGGCUGUAACGACUUUGAAAAACGAACUUUCUACAAAGUUUUCUAGCUUGGGAGAAAACAAUUUAUAUACCAUCGCUACCUACUUAGAUCCUCGCUAUAAGCACAAAUUUUUCACACCGGUGACUGAAGAAAAGAUUAAAGAUGACAUUUUAAAAAUGAUAAAUAUUGAGAAUGACAAUUUUGAAUCAGUUAAUACCAAUGCCAAAAGGGCUAAAAUAACUGAUUGCAUGGAAAAUGAAACAGAACAACUAGGACCAGGGACUUCAGGUUUCUACAAAAAGCCAUGCUUAAAAAACGACCUGGCUAUGAUGUUAGAUUCGUCGAGUGAAGACGAAAGUCAAGAUGAGCCAGAAAAUAGUAGCGUUGAAGCUGUAUUAAAAAAAGAGUUACUUGCUUACCGUACUAAAAAAGAAUAA